UGCUCAUCUGACCUGACCCCUGCUCCGCUCAGAUUGAGUCAGUCGGCGCCGCGCUGCCGCCGCGCUCGGACGUCUAUGCCGCCGCGACCGCGCUCCUCUCUCCCACUCACACAAACCCAACUCGAGUGAGAGAACCUUUAACCUAGGUACGUAGUAAUUAAGAGUAUGAUGUGACCCAUGAAUCAGGGUGAAAAUCCUUUCGAGUGUGUGCCGUUAAUUAAAGUUCCCGCUUUAGCUCCGCCGCCCGCCCAGGUUGCCGGCUGAGCGGUCGGUGAGGAUGUGAUGCUCCCCGGCGCCAUGGGCUCGCGGCUGGUGCCCGGGCUCGUCGUACUGCUUGUUAUGGGCGGGUAUGGGCAGGAGCACGGGCCGGUGUGGCUCCUGGAGCCGCCUGCGCGCCUGGUGUUCUCCAACAGCACCGGCGCGCGAGUGUCCUGCGCGGCGCACGGCUCCCCGCCGCCCGCGCUCGCCUGGCAGCUGCCCGACGGCGCGCCGCUCCAUGACGUGCCCGGCCUCAGGCAGGUGCUGGACAACGGCACGCUGGUGUUCCCGGCGUUCCCCGCGGCGCGGUACCGGCAGGACGUGCACGGCGCAGUGUACCGCUGCCGGGCCUCCUCCGCGCACGGCGCAGUGCUCUCGCGGGACAUGCGGGUGCUGGCCGUGAUCUGGCAGGAGUGGUCAGUGCGCGUGACGUCAUCGCGGGCGCAGGCGGGCGCGCCGGCCGUGCUGACGUGCGGCGUGCCCAGCGCGCUGCGCGACCACUGCAGCGUGGCCGCCUGGUACCGCGACGAUGCCGUGCUGGUUGCUAGUGCUGAUGAUCUGGCUGGUCCAAUCCUCCUAGUAGACUCCGGCUGGCGUCUGAUCCUCCGCUCAGUGCGGCUAGAGGACGCGCGCGCUCAGUUCGCGUGCUCCGUGCUCGACACACUGACGGGGGAGCGCCGCCGCAGCGCGCCGCUGCAACUGGAAGUUACUCCAUCAUCCGGCCCAUCAGCCCCACGCACGCUUCUGCACACGCCGUGGGAGGCGUCCGUGCGCCGCGGCGCCGACACCGUUCUGCCCUGCCUCGUGCACGCCGACCCGCCGCCCGUCGUCACGUGA